CGCCCGCGCAGCAUCGGCCCUGUCUUCGACCAAGCUCACGCGAGCUUACCCAUCGCCGAGUUCGAUCAGGAAGCCCACAAUCUCAGCUAUACCCAUCCCGAUCCCGAUUCUGACCCCUCUGCUCUUCCCGAACAACCCAAAGACUUCCAAGAUACCUACCUGAUGCCCUCGCUGUCUGAGAAUGAGCGCCUCCGUCUUACACUGUAUUGGUACUAUACUCACGCCAACAAGAUGCUGGAAGACAAGGAAUUCCUGCUUGCUCUGCAGCAAAAGCUCGAUCUUGUCCAAGCCUUUAUGGGCUGGGAUUUUGCCAUCAUGGGCUUGAUGAGCGAGCAUGUCUAUACACGAGUUGCCACUGCAGGCUUGCCUUUGGCUGUUCUGCCGCGGCGCGAGGCUACCUGCUCGCACACGAUCAACCAGCCGCCUGGCACCGUCUUCAUGCUGCCCAACAUGGCCAGCGAUUGGCGCUUCAAACGCUCGCCACAUGUCGAGGAAGGCGGCCUCCGCAGCUAUGCCGGUGCCGCACUCCGUUGCAAGGCCGACACUGGCGAAGACGUCGCUCUGGGCAGUCUUUGUAUCGCUUCCAACUCCGAGCAGCCUCCUCUGUCCCCCGUCCAACAGGACGCUCUGGUCCGUUUCGCCGACAUGAUCUCGAGCGAGAUCGUAGCUCGCGUGCGCGAAGGUCGAAGACAACAGCGUCAAAUCAUGGCCGAUCUCAUUGCUCAAACACCCCAAUACACUUCCCCCGCAUCCGUCAAGGAUCACGUCUUUGGAAUCCUUGCUCAGGUCUAUCCUGAUACCCAUCUCGACAUACAGGACGCUCCACCUAAUAACAUGAUCUCCUUGCCCCAUCAUGCUCCGGUCGAUCACAAUGACUUUCAAGGCGGCCUGUGGGAAGACUCGGAACUCAUCGAACGCCUAAUUGUCACACAUAAUCACACACAACUCGCUACUGACUCUACCGUCCGUGCGAUCGCACACCCGUGUCAAAGGAUUCCCACUACCAAAUACCUUGUUCUUGCUUCAAGGAACGUCCAACUCGUCUUUGAUGACAUUGAUUCCUGGUUCGUUGAGAAAUGUGCGAGUAUAAUGGCAGACUCCACUCAAGAAACCCGCCUGAAGGAGGCACUGACAGCUAAGGAUGCCUUCCUCCGAGGCAUAACUCACCAGCUGAGAACACCCAUCCAUGGUGUUUUGGGCUCGUGCGAAUUGCUUUUCGAAGAGCUGGCGAGCCGAGACAUGCUCUCAGCUGGCGUCUCCGGAUUGAACCCUUCAUCCGUCCUCGGUGCUAUCCGGGAUUCUGGCCGAGAAUUGAUGUCUACUGUCAACAACAUGCUCAAAUUGAACCGUUGGGCCGAAGAGACUGGUGGCUCCAUACAACCUGCUUCACUCUUGAGCCUCAACGUGAUUGAAGCCGAAAUUAUAUACGAAGUGCAGCAGUCAAUCCCUGAGCACGAGCUGUCGCAAAUCUCUGUCAUGUUCGAGAAUAGACUCGGUACUGACGAAAGCAUGGUAGUCAUGGACCUAUUUCUGCUGAAAGAGUGUGUCCAGGCACUCAUCCAGAACGCUUUAUCGUAUACGGAUGCCGGAGCCGUCAUUGUCGUCAUUAUGGCAUCUGCUGACUACACGAAACUGAUUUUCGACAUCAAAGACACUGGUUGUGGUAUCGGCGCCGGAGAUCAAACACGGAUAUUCGAGGCCUACGAGAAAGUGGACACUCACACAAGAGGAGCUGGACUGGGUUUGACUUUAUCAGCCAAGAUCGCGAAUGCCAUGAACGGCAGUGUCACGUUGGUCUCCUCAAAACAAGGCGGAUCUGACCAUGGAUCAUUGUUCCGCGCCCAGUUUCUCAACCCAGGCUUUGCUUGUCCAGCAUUUCGUCCGGUGCCCUUUGACGCAAACCUAAAAGACAUUUCUAGGAGGUUUCAUGUCGUACCGCCCAAGUCGGAGCGACCAGAGCUUGUGAUGCAUUUUGCAUCCUAUUUAACGCACCAUGGAUUCGAGGAUUCGGAGACGCCUGAGGGCUCCUUCAUCGUAUUGACAUACACUCCGGACGCAGACGAGUUCCGUCGAUACGUCUCGGAAAUCGACACGAGGCAAGUCGCAGUAUGUCUAGUCCCUGCUGGUGCAUCAACAGAGAAGCUCCAUGGCGCUCAUGAGGUGCGUUUCUUCUCGGGACCUUUCUUGACCUCUCGUCUCGAAGAGAUUACUACAGAGCUCGACGCAGUCUACAAGCGACUUCACUCUGAUCCUGAAGCUGGUGAAACGGCUACCGGGUUGGCUAAUCGCGAAGACGCUCAUCGCACGUCCGGGACAGAAGAUAGCGUUGAUCCAGCAGACGCAGAACCGAUGGCCCUUUUGGUUGACGAUAAUGUUGUCAAUCUACGCAUCAUGCGCAUGUACUGCGAGAAGCGCAAGAUUCAGUAUCUCACCGCCAUGGACGGCACCGAGGCAGUCAAUGUGUUCGAGUCAUCCAUCGACACACAGCCUAUCAACCUCAUCCUUAUGGAUCUUCAAAUGCCGGUAUGUGACGGCAUUGAAGCGACGCGGCGAAUCCGCGAAAUCGAGAAAGAGAAGGCGCUACCCAGAUCAGCAUUGUUUAUAGUAACAGGCCAAGAUACGCUGGCCGACAAGCAAAACAGCUUCGAAGCUGGAGCUGAUGAGUUUUAUGUCAAGCCCUUGGGUCUGAAGACACUGGACAAAGGCAUCAAAGAAUACUUCCCGGCUAUU